AUGACUAUUGAAAGCCUGGACUUAACAAAGGGUGAACUACUUACCAUCAUGUAUAUUCAGCUUUCAUGGAUCGACGAGUUUUUGAUGUGGAAUCCCUUUGAGUAUGGAGGUAUCACAAAGUUAUCCGUACCUUACGAAAAACUUUGGAUACCACCUUUAUCACAAUCAAACGGAGCAAUGAAAGAGAAGUCAGGCCAAAUAAUAAAUCCUGGUUUUGCCCCAGUUUUCGUUUUACCUAAUGGAAUGGUUCUCCUUGUCACUACAGGAUACUACGUAACUAAAUGUGAUAUUGACACUAGCUUGUAUCCAUUUGACUCGCAUACAUGCACUUUUUAUUUCUUUUCCGCGUUGAAUGAUGUCACAGAAAUGGAGUUGAAUUCUCACACAUCUGAUUUUGCCUUCGGGUUACUUCAACAAAAUGAUGCAUGGCGUCACACAAAGACUGAUUUUAAGAAAGGCACAUAUUCAGCCGAGAACAUUGUGUACACCUUAGGCAGUCUUGAGUUUAUAAUAACACUAAAACGAAGACCCAUAUUUGAAAUCAUAAAUGUUUUUCUGCCGAUUCUUCUGUUAACAGUUCUAAACCUUGCGGCUAAUUUUGUUCCUGUCAAUUCUGGCGAGCGUCUCUCAUUUUCGAUCACUUUAUAUCUUUCAUUUGUAUUCAUAACGUCUGCAAUGGUAGAUGAAAUGCCUCAUGUCGCAAAUAAUAUAGCGUUUUCCUCCUACAUAAUGCUAUCUUUAAACGUCCUCAAUACAGCAAGUGUACUCUGGAGUGUGUUUAUGGUGCGAAUGGCAACCUGGGAAAAUAAAAUGACACCGGUACCAAUUUCAUUGCAGAAAGUGGUGAGGUUUUGCCAAAAUAUAGGUUCGACCACUACUACAAAAGUCCAUCCAAAAAUAAACACAACCGAUGACGAUUCCGAUGCAAUCUCAACGGCUAAAGGUCUUGAAAAUUCUGACAUUUAUGAUGAAGGAAUAGUUGAAAAAGAAUCAAUAUUGUGGUCUGAUGCAGUGAAACUAUUUGACAAGAUUUACUUUACGGCCACGACUAUUUUAGUCACGUGCGUUAUUUCAGUUAUGGUUUGUCUGUGGCACCUUUCUGAAUGA